UAUUGUAUAACAACAAACACGGGCCUGUCACAUGUUACGGUCAUGUGACCUAUCGUCUACACUUCCGGUUAUCAUGGCGGCGGCUGCGUCAGUCUUCCACAGAGUGAGAACUGGCUCGAAAUUAGGAGCCCAGUAUGACCAGGAAGGCAACCUGAUUCAGGUGGAAACCCGAGAGGAUGAAGAGCAGAACGUCAAGCUGGCGGAGAUCCUGGAGCUCCUGCUGGCUGCUGGAUACUUCAGAGCACGAAUUAAAGGACUGUCACCGUUCGAUAAGGUGGUCGGCGGUAUGACCUGGUGCAUCACCACGUGUAACUUUGACGUCGACGUGGAUCUUCUUUUCCAGGAAAACUCCACCAUCGGCCAGAAAAUAGCUCUGACGGAGAAAAUCGUGUCUGUGCUUCCGAAGAUGAAGUGUCCUCAUCGACUGGAGCCACAUCAAAUCCAAGGGCUGGAUUUUAUCCACAUUUUCCCAGUGAUACAGUGGCUGGUGAAGAGAGCCAUAGAGACCAGGGAGGAGAUGGGAGACUAUGUGAGAGCCUACUCCAUCUCUCAGUUCCACAAGACCCACAGCCUCCCAGAGGAUGAAGAGUUUCUGCAGAGGAAAGAGCAGGCUGUGAGUGCAGUCCUGGACGUGUUGGAAGUGUACAAGCCCCAGAGGAAGUACAGGAGGCAGAAGGAUGCGGGGGAGCUGCUGGACGAGGAGUCCAGAGUUCACUCCACUCUGCUGGAAUACGGCAGAGUGUCAGAGUUCCUCCUGCGAUACGGAUUCAGCAAACAGUCCAAACAAGACAAGGUGGAUGACAGGAAGGCUUCGCUGGCCGGCGGCGCCCAGGCGCUGCCCCCUGGGAUGGCGGAGGUGUCGGAGGAAGACGACCUGCAGGCGGCGGAGGAGAUGAGAAUCAAAACCCUGAUGACCAGCAUGGCCGCCAUGGCUAACGAAGAGGGGAAGCUGACGGCGAGUGCGGUGGGUCAGAUCGUGGGACUGCAGUCUGAGGAGAUCAAACAGAUCGCCUCCGAGUACGCCGAGAAGCAGUCCGAGCUGUCGGCGGAGGAGCGUUCAGAGCGCUACGGCCCCCUGCAGCAGCACCGCAGGGCGGUGGCUUCGCUCAACAAGCAGAUCCAGAACAAGACUAAAGAACUGGAGGAGCUAAAAGCCAAGCAUGCCGAGGUGAAGAAAGGCUGCGACGAGGUCAAGAGAAGCCUGACGGAGGCCACCGAGCGCUCAGAGAAACUGGACAAGGAGCUGAAGUCUGUGGAGGAGCUGGAGGAGCAGGCCGACAGCAGCGUGUUGGACAAGCUGAGGGCUCUGGUGACCAUGAGCGAGAACCUGAAGCAGCAGGAGCAGGAGUUCCGCACACACUGCCGAGAGGAGAUGGUCCGUCUGCAGCAGAACAUCGAGGAGCUGAAGGCGGCGACGGGGCAGGACACGGAGGAGCAGAAGGAGAGGAACCAGCUGAUAGACAAACAGUACGACACGGACAGAGAGAAGCUGCAGAAGAUCCGCCUGCUCAUGGCCCGGAGGAACCGCGAGAUCGCCAUCCUGCAGAGGAAGAUCGACGAGGUGCCGAGCCGGGCCGAGCUGACCCAGUAUCAGAAGAGGUUCAUCGAGCUCUACAGCCAAGUGUCUGCAACACACAAAGAGACCAAGCAGUUCUUCACUCUGUACAACACGUUAGACGACAAGAAGGUUUACCUGGAGAAGGAGGUGAAUCUGCUGAACUCCAUCCACGACAACUUCCAACAGGCCAUGUCGUCUUCAGCAGCCAAGGAUCAGUUCCUCAGGCAGAUGGAGCAAAUCGUGGAGGGCAUUAAACAGAGUCGCAUCAAGAUGGAGAAGAAGAAGCAGGAGAACAAAAUGAGAAGAGAUCAGCUGAAUGACGAGUACCUGGAGCUGCUCGACAAGCAGAGGCUUUACUUCAAAACAGUGAAGGACUUUAAAGAGGAGUGUCGGAAGAACGAGAUGCUGCUGUCCAAGCUGAGGGCCAAAGGAGCGUCGUAGUGAGCUGAUCCCAGACGGACG